GAGAGAGAUGAGCACUUCAAAGUCGCACUUAUCGAUUGUAGCGAGCCAAGUUAUGUAAUACCAUCACUGACGACAGUCAGCUGUUUGCUUGUGAGACUUCGACGGCGUCGCUUUAAAAUCGGCUGCACUUUUUGUUUAUAAUCUUACCAUUCUCAAAACCCGGUCAAAUCCAUUGGACCCGCUGGCGUACUCGGACAUCUGCUUCACAAAGUCCUUUGAAAACAAAGCACUUUAGUUAUCUACUUGACAAGUUACAUGCUGUCCUAACCAUUCCCAGUUUUUUGGUCGCCAUUCCGGUGGAUUUGGAUUCCUGAACUGAGCACGACGAAAUGACGAAAGUUACUGAGGGAGGCAUUUCACAUGGCGUUCAAGAUGUGGGGAAAUCUAACCUGGAAUUUCCCAUCCUAGCCAAAGCAUUCGUCCGCCAGGACUCGGUGCACGACUUUAUAAGCAGCGACUCCGACGCAGACUUUAUUGCACUGAGCGGCUCCAAAUCGAAUGUGGUUACCCUGGAGUUGAACAGCAAGUUCAUGGUCGUGGAUCCCUGGCCCUAUUUUGUGGCCAUCUUGGAUUCUAACGCUGCGGAAACACGACCCCUAGACGUAUUGGCCAACAAAGUGAAUUUGGUGGCCAUAUACGACAGCUGCGAUGUCCUGGAAUCACAGCAGCUGGCCCUGGACCCGGCAUACACCGCUGUGUGCUCCGUUGCCGUGCCACCAGCCAGAUUAAUAUGUGUUAAGCGAGCACCCAAGCCGAUGGCUAAUGGAAAUCUCCUGCUGGGCUCCCUUAACACUUAUGGAUCCUUGAGCCUAAUAAACAAACCGGCAGAAUACAGUCGCUGGAACCCUUUGGAAGGACUCAAUAUCGCUGAAACUCUGAGGGACACUCUGCUGCCUGAAGUGAACAUCGCCAAGAUCAAAGACUUUAAGAACUAUCAGGAAUAUAUUAAUCCCGCCUGGAUCACUAUGUUUGCUUGGUUACCUGAUGAUUCAAGUACCACUGGCCAGCAUGUUUUGGUUUUGGGAACCGCCUCCGGAAGUUUGUGGUUGCUCACAAUAAGCGCCGACGUCAAAACUCUUUUGAGUCACCAAGAAACGAAAACCAGCCUGGGUCGUAUCUGCCAUAUACAAGCAUUCAAGGACCUUCUACUGGUGGGCGAUAGCAACGGACUCAUCCACCUGUACCAAUUGCCAGAAAAGGGAAGCAAAGCUCCCGUCUUAGUGAAGCCCUUGUGGGAGAAAGCGGAUCGAAUGGGUCUGCAAAUGGCAGUGAUCACUGAAUGCCCCAUCAAGGAGUGCUAUUAUAUAACCUGCUGCAAGGCGGCGCAUCUGCUGACCUGGAGCAUGCCAAGAACGGGGAACACAGAGUGUCUGAAGGCGCGGAUCUAUGUCGGCGGAAUGAAGAUCACCGGUCUUUGCAGCCUGGGCAACAGUAGCUAUGCUGCAGGAACCUCAGGAAGCUAUCUGCAUCGCGUACAAAUUAUUCACGAGAAUAAUCAGCUCAGCUUGCAGAUGCAAUCAAUAGCCAUGGGUGUGCUUCAGGACUUUCAGGUGAUGGGACUGAACAGCAGCAGACACAAGAACUUAAUGACCCUUUUCCUCUACCGCAACAAAGAAUACAUGAGUGAAAGUGUGUCUCAGAAGAAUCAGUUGCUUAUGCAAGUGCUCAAGGUGGGGAAUCAGGAUCCACUUGCUCAGCUUAUCAGUCACCUAAAAUCCAAUAACCCCAUGAAUCACUAUACCGAUUUAUUAGCUGAACUUCGUCUACACGUAUUUGCCGAGGAGAAUUGGCAAAGGUAUAUGGACUAUGGUCCAUUAGAUUCCUUUCAAUUUACGGAUUCCGCCACUGAAAGCCAGCUGCAGCAGCUUCAAAUCAAAUUCCACGUCCUUCAAUACGUGCUUCGCCUGCAAUCGAGCCACCUCCAGCUGACUGUUCACAUCCAAAAGUCCCAGGAUGAACUGCAGCUACUCCUCGCAAUGCUGAAUAUCACACAUAUAAGACUGAGGCUCAACUUCAUUGGGUCGUUUAGUAAGAGGACACCAUUCCAGGAGCAGGCAACAAAAUGUUUGUUGGAGGAGGCCCACCGACUGAUGAAUAAAGUUAAGGCCAACUUCACGGACAAGCAUGCCCUAGGUUCUACAGCAAACGCAUUCGUCCAGCAAGUAGGCAAUCAUAUUCAGCUCUUGCAUAAGAAUCUGGGUAUUCCUGUGAUAGCUAAUCCCCAGGAGAAGCUAGUUCAUCGCUGCAGUGUGUCCUUUGUGGAGAUCUCCCCCAGCUUGGAGCGACGCUACUGCAGCCUCUGCGACCGCCAGAUACUUUUCGAGAUGGAAAACCUACGAGAGCUCUACGAAUCCGGAAGAUAUCUGAAUUGCCCUGUUUGCCAUGGAAGCUUCGCCGCGGAAAUGUUAAAUGCAUAAACGUUAAAUUUAUUCUCAAUCUUCAUUACCAAGUUUUUUGUGUGUCCGCCUCUAAGAGCGAAGCAAGCGAGUCCAAAGAGACACCUCACUCGGCUGCCAGAUGCCGACACACAUGCACAGAAAAGGAAAGAAAAGCAAUGUCAGCGUUAGUACUCGGAAACAUAGAUAAUGGGAGUGGUAUCGAUUAGUAGAAUGUCCUGCUCCACCUGGCGAAGGUCAGACUCCAGUUUGCUUUUGCGCUGCCGCUUGGCGAUGCUGUCGAUCAGAAGCGACAUGGACUGAUACUGCUUGGUCAUCUCGGUCAGGCUCAGACGCAGUCCCUCGAGGAUCUCAUUGCGCUCGGCCUGCUCCAUUACCCGCAUUCCCGGCACUUGCGGUGGACCACUUGAUUGGACGGAGGCCCGGGUGAAGCCCUUGAUACCGCGGCACAACUCCAGCAAACGUGCCUGUUCCUUAGCGCACACCGCGUUCAUGUCGGCCAGCAUUCUCUUGGUUUUCUUGAGAUAAAUGGGAACCUUGCCGAAAUCCUUGCGGCAGAUAAACUGCGGCACCAAUCCGGAAUUGAGCAGGUCGUGACGAGCUCCCACGGGAGUGUCUAUAUAACGAGGUGGCGGAGGACAGGGAAUCGUCUGUCCGGCGCACAUCCUGUUGCGCUUAAUGAAAUUGGGUACCAUGGUCGGCUUUUUGCGGCCACUACCCGCCGGUGGAAGUGGCGGCAUUGGCGGCAUCUUGGGACACUUGUGGGUAUUCUCCCGUCGCCAUUUGAUGCCCUGGCUCUUGCGCAAGUAGGCGCACGGUGGGUCAAUCGGAGUGUGAGCACAGCCCAUGGUGCGAUGGGCUGAUUUCUUGGCCUCUGUCAGGACGCGAGUUCCAUCGGCCUGCAGGAUAACCGAUAACUUCUUGUCCUCCUCGGUCAAGCGCUCGCGAAGUUUUCGGGCAUAAUUGGCUGCCCUCUCCACAACAGCUGCAAAAUUGCUUAAAGUUAGAUGUGAAGAAAAGAAUUUUUAGCAGGAAAUCCCUACGAUUUUUGUAGACAAAAAUGGACUCCUUGGGUCCUUGGGCCUUCUCAAAAUCGUGCUCGCACCCGACAAUGUUCUCAUCGUGAUGGGUGAUAUAAACCAGGGACAUUGUAAUGCAAAUAUAUAAGGUUGAAAGU